AUAGUGAUCAUUUAUUGCUUUUAUAGCUGAAUUCUACGAAAAAUUCCAAAAGCAUACGUCAUGAUAUCAAUAUCUACGCCAUUGUCGACAUAACGUCAAACAACAGAAGGAUAACUACGAUUUAGUCAGUCUUUUCUUGUUUUUCUACGUAACUUAACGUUGAAGCUUGAUUAUUCCUAUAUAAAAUUGUUUCUUGUGAUCAUACGUCAUCAGUAGUUAAAGCCAAACAUUGCUAUCAUCAGUUUGGAUCAUUGUGCAUUAGUCAGUGACAGCUAAAACGUUGGAGCAAGUAAUUGCAGAUUUAAACUUUUGUGAUUCUUCUUUAAACUUUAUUAUUGAUGCGUAGUUAAUAAAUAAGUGAACAAAAAAAUGAAAGCGAUUUUACUCGCAUUUUGUGCAACCUUGGCAAUUACCAAUGCAUACGUCAUAAUAGAUCAAUUACCCAAAAAGAGUAUCCAUUUGCUGGGUACUGAAAAAUGUACUUGGGGUCCAGGAUAUUGGUGUGACAAUAUUCCAAACUCAGCAGAAUGUAAUAAAACCAAGUAUUGCAUAAAGAAGCAUUGGGAGAAUAUGAAGGUUCCAGAGGAUCAUGACAGUGUUUGUAAAAUUUGUAUGGACAUGGUUCAACAAGCAAGAGAUCAAUUAGAAAGCAAUCAAACACAGCAAGAUUUGAAAGCAGUUUUUGAUGGAAGUUGUAAACUAAUGCUUAUAAAACCAAUCAUUAAAGAAUGUCAAAAACUAGCAGAAGAAUUCAUUCCGCAAUUAGUCGAAACUCUUGCCUCACAAAUGAAUCCUUCAGUGGUUUGCUCAGUUUCGGGACUUUGUAAUUCGGCUAAAAUUGAUCAACUUCUUUUAGAAUACGAACAGUCACUUGAAAAGGCUGACAAAAAAAUUAUAAUACCACUGAAAAAUGAUGAAAUUGAACCAAAUGAGUGCACGAAAUGUCGUUCCAUUGCAACACAUAUGGAAAAUAAAUUCCAAUCAUUAUCACGAGAUCAGUUUGUUAAAAAUAUAUUAAAAGUUUGCCAACAAAUGGGUUCUUUCUCAGAUGCGUGUUCUAACAUUAUUCUUGUAAACUUUGACGCCAUUUAUGAACAUCUUCAAGAAAAUUUCCGAGCGAAGAAUAUUUGUCACCUCUCUGGUCAAUGUAGUGGCUUAUUCCAUCAACAUGAUGAAGUUGAUCAGGGUCCUAAAGUGGAAAUUCGUCCAAUGUCUAGCGUUGGAAUGGUUGAAGUUAAUGACGAUCUUCCAUGUAAGUUGUGUGAACAACUGGUUGGACAUUUACGAGAUUUACUUGUGGCUAAUACUACGGAAAGAGAAUUCCAACAAGUGCUCGAAGGUUUAUGCAAACAAACCAAGUCAUUUGCAUCUGAGUGCAUGUCCAUCGUUGAUCAAUAUUAUCCAGAGAUUUAUGAAUACUUAAUUAAAGGAUUGAACAGCAAAGCAACAUGUGAAAUGGCUGGAAUUUGUCCAAUGCCUGGCACAAAGCAAUUUGAAGGACCAAUAAUGCCACUUGUACCGGUUUCAUCUCACGAAAUUGGAGUAAGAAUCUUAAAGGAAAAUGAAAAACAUGAUAUUAAUGUAGCUAUUACAAAGAAAUAUCCAAAAACGGAAGCUGACGAAAUGCAACUUCCUAUCAAACUGAUGUAUGACUCAGAUUCUAUUCUUGAUAUGCCAAACAUGGAUCCUCACGGUCAGAAAAAAUGUGAAUUCUGUGAAUAUAUACUCCAUUAUUUACAAAAUAUUAUUACUAUUCCAAGUACAGAGAAUGAACUUAAAAACAUUUUUGGAAAAGUGUGUACGAAGCUACCUGAUAGUAUCGGAGGAAUGUGCAAGGAAUUCUUAGAUCAAUAUGGUGAUGCACUGAUAGCUCUACUCGUUCAAGAAAUCGAUCCGUCUACGAUUUGUCCGCUUCUUCACGUGUGUCCAAGUGAUCAAAUGAUGGUUGCAUGGGAACAACUUCCAAAAGACAAAAUGAUUGAAACUGAAUUAAAAGACAAACCCAGUUGUCCAUUGUGUCUUCUUGCUGUUGAACAAAUUGAAAAUGUUAUUAAACAAAAUACAACAGAGGCAAAUAUUGAACACGAGCUUGACAAAUUAUGCUUACAUUUACCAAAAAGUUUAAACGAACAAUGUGUUGAUUUUGUUAAGGCUUACAGUAAAGAAUUGAUUGAGAUGCUUAUAUUAGAUCUUUCUCCCCAAGAAAUUUGUGUUUUCCUCAAGCUUUGUGACGAGAAGAAAAAAAUUAUGCCUGAUAAUUUCCCUCAAGACAAAGACGGUGAAAUUAUGACCAAUGAAAUACCUGAUUUUCCAAUCAAAUCUCAAAAACCUGUGAAGGAAGAUACUAAGUGUGUAAUAUGUGAAACAGUUAUGGGCUAUAUUGAAAAACAGAUGAAAAAUAAAUCUACUAAAGAAGAAAUUGAAAGUAUUAUUCACACUGUAUGCAAUGAUUUACCUGGAGCGAAGCUUAAAAAUAAGUGUAACCAUUUUGUUGAUCAAUACGGCGAAUUCGUUAUUCAGAUGCUUUCUGAUGAUAUUACUCCGAGAGAAAUUUGUACAGUUUUGGAUUUAUGCCAAGAAAAUAUGCAACAAUUUAUGGAAUCAGUAGAUAAAUGUGCCCUCUGUGAAGCAAUUCUUUCAUACAUAGAUAAAGAAUUAUCUGAUCCAAAGCUCGACAAAAAGAUUGAAGAUAUUACUGCAAAUAUAUGUGAUAUGAUUCCUGCAGCAAAGCGGAAUAAGUGUGUUAUGUUGAUGGAAAUUUACGAACAAAGCAUCAUCAAUCUCGUAACAUCUCAUGAGUAUACCUCAAAGAUCUGCAGUCGUAUAGGUUUAUGUACUAAUGCUAGUUUCUUUGCAAUGGAUCCCAAAUUUUCUCAUAAGAAACAUAUGAUUUCAAACAGAUAUUAAAAAAUUAAUUAAUUUAAAUAUUCAAUCAACACUUCGUGAAUAUCUUCAUGGCUGUAUUUAGAUAAAAAAUAUUAUAAAAAUUGUAACUAUAUAGGGAAGUGUUUUUAUUAUUAAUAAUUAAGUUAUGAGCACUUUGCAAUUUAUCAUUGUGUGAUGAUCUUCCGUAUUGAAUUUAUCAGACCAAAAAAUCUUGUGCAAAUCAUAACAGCUUAUUAUGAACCGCAAAUAAAUUGCCUUGGCUCUCGUCUAUAUAAGAUUACACUUUGUAUUUUACUGUAAUAAAACUAAAAUAAAAUAUAUUCAAAUAUU